AUGACAACAAGAGCGCUAGUCGUGGGCGGGACAAGCGGCAUUGGCUACGGCAUGGCGUGCCGCAUCGCAGCCUCAUCACCUACCUCAUCCGUCAUCAUAGGUGGACGUACCAAGCCCGAUCACAUCCCUCAUGGCAACAUGGAAUUUCAACCCAUCGAGGCAACAUCGAUGCGAGAGAUCAAGAACUUUACAGAUAAGCUCAAGCAGCAGCUGUCCGGGACGUCACAGGGCCAGCAGGGAAUAAUGACGAUUGCUGGGAGGACGGAGACACCCGAGGGCAUCGAUCGCAAGAUGGCGCUGCACUACUACGGCAAGCAACUGCUCAUCCGCGAGCUAUUGCCAGCGCUCAAGGAGGACGCCAAGGUCGUCAUUGUCUAUGACAGCAAAUUCGGGAACCCAGACAAGGUCCAUUGGGAAGACCUGGAUCUUAAGACGCAUUUUAGCCUCGGCACGGCCUCUAAUCACUGCAUGGUCAUGAACGACGCCAUGAUCAAUUAUUUUGCCUCCCAACAAGCACAGGGAAGCGCAAAGCAGCAAGGCGCCAACGCCAAGCGGCACUUCAUCCAUGCCUGGCCUGGCGGCGUCAACACGAGUCUCAUGAGAGAAAUGCCGUGGUAUCUGGGUUCCAUCGCCAAGAUGCUUGCUCCCCUUGCCACAGUAUCGCCUGCUACGUGUGCCGAGUACCUGCUGAAUGGCGUCGAAAAGGUGUCGACACCGGCUGGGGACAACAAAGAGAGGCCGCGCUGGAGUUACAUCGACAAUAAGGGGAAGGUGGUUGAGAGCAAGCCUAUCCUUACAGAGAAGCAGAUUGGCAAGAUUGCCGAGCACACGUGGGAGCUUGUUGGUGCCGCCUUGAAAUAG